UUGUUUGAUUUCAGCAAAAGAAAUCUUUCUUUGGGGAGUUUUGAGUUUGUUGUAACUGUGGAAACGUUACGUAACGUAAGUGAGAUGGCCUCGACUUCUCCAAAGUUAACCUUGUUUUGUAAACAAGCUCUUUGAGCUUAUGAUGAUUGAUAGGGGACAAAAACAGAAGGCAAUGAGAAUUAGAGAAUAUAGAAUAACUGGCACACGUUGUUAUUCUAUUCUUCUAUAUAUGUGUUGGUGGUAUUGUGCCAUAUCGAAUUACCUGCCACCACCCCAGGUAAUUAAAAUUGACUCAAAACGGAUCUAUUCAAAAUACCUCAGGCAGAUUGAUCCAUCCAAAUUUUGUUGCUGGCAAACGAGGUAAUUUGGUACAAUUGUCUCAAUACGAGACAAUUGUGUCAAAUUGAUCCGUUACCAUUCCUCAUCCAAACGACCUCCUUAAAGCAUUGAUACUUAUAGUUUUUGCAUUUAUGGUAUAACUUCAUGUUGUACCAUAAUAUAAAAGUUAAGAUUCCUUAACAAUCCAACUACAAUUUAUACUUUUAACGUUAUAGUAUAACUUCAAUCUGUACUUUGAAUCAUACUUUAAAGCAUAAUACUAGAAAGUGGUCUUCAAUGGUAUGUGUUAAACUAUAAUAAUAAUUGUCAUCAUUGAAAAACCAUUGGAUAUGACUUGUUCCGUGCAGUCUCCACUUUCAUAGAUAGAACACGGGGGAUUUUGGCGGGAACGGACAAUCUAAACAAACAAAAAAAAUUCUGUCCGCAUCCUCCCUCAAGAUUAUACAAGCCGAAGCCAAAAAAUCGGCUUUUUCCGGCGUCGAACGAAGGCGUCAGCGCGCAAAACGACAGAAAACAAAGAUGAAUUAGUAAGAAUUAGUAAGCAGGGAAGAGGUAAAUAAAUUGUUGUCGGUUCGGCGUGUAAUGGAAUCGUAGAAGACGGCCAUGGCGUGGCUCUACAUGUUAUAAAUAGCCGGAAUGCUCAUUUCACUAAACCCAUUUCAUUUUUGUUCCUUACGACGGCAAAUAAAAGACAGAGUGAAAAAAAAAAAAGAUCUUUCCGGCGACCGGAAAAAACAGAGUGGAUCUGACAAUGGACGUUUGGGGAGGAGGUGUAGUGUUCGCCGCCACGGCUCUUUUGUUGUCCUCCAUCGCCUUUCUUCCACUCCCUCCGCCGGCGGGUUCGUCCCGUCACCGCCGAUCUUCACCGCCGACGACUUCCUCUUCUCCCUCUCCCACCACCGAUGACCAAGGGGCAAAGCUGGACCAGGCGAUUGCGUGUGGUCUGAUGGUGUUGGCGUUGGCCGUCACCUACAUUGUCCAUUGAUGCCACAGACAUAAGAGGAAGAGAUUGAAGGAGACAGCACAGAUCCUGUUUUUCCCCUUUUGGUCGGAUCUUCAUCCCAUCAUCUUCAACUUUUCCCUGUCACCUUCUUCUUCUUCUUCUUCUUCUUCUUGUAACUCUAGUCCUGCUGCUUACUAGCCGACUUCCUAAUCCAUCUGGUAACUCAGUUUGUGAAGUUUUUUGGGAGUUUUUAUGUUCGAGCUGUAGCAAAUGUACCCAACUUGCAGUCUAGCACCUGCGCUAAUAUAAAAAAAAAACCUUGCAUAUGAAUGAAGUUUACAUUUCAUA